UGUAACGACGCGUGAGAAAAACAACCGUCACUCGCAGUUUCACUUUCGUUUUACUGUAAAUCGGGGUUGCUGUGAAGACCAGCUUGGAGUAGGAAUACAGCACAGAUUUCUGAUUUUUGCUUUGGUUGGAUGAUUGACAGCUAACUCUUAACGGUUAAAGGAGAUCAACCAAUUAAUCGAGUCGAUCCUCCGUCGUGUGAUCGAUCGCUUCCUUUGGUUUGACUCGUCUACACAGCUGGUGAAGUCAUGUCGGGUUUACUGAAGGAAAUAGAAGACAUCGACAAACCAGCAGCUGAUGAGUUGAUGAACGCUGAUUUACAAAGUGACUCAGACAUUCAGGCCCUGACUGAAGACGACCUGCGCGACCUGCUUCCAGGACCUGAGAAUAUUAAACGCAGAAAGGCCAAUUAUGACACAAUCCACAGCCAGCCAAUGGAGCAGCAGAAGCUGGAGGCGUCUUUGACAGAGUCCGGGUCACAUGUGAGUCCUUCGGCCAGCGAUCAUCCUGAGGAGCUCCAGAUUACUCCAAGUGAUGGCCGUCCACAAGCAGCACCAGACUCUUCGGCAGGUUCAGGAACCUCAAACAGCGUUUUUGGAUCAAGGGAAUAUUCUGGCCCGCAUAAUCACAACACAAAACAACGUGAAGUCAUGUCGUGUUUACUGAAGAAAAUAGAAGACAUCUACAAACCAGCAGCUGAUGAGUUGAUAAACGCUGGUUUACAAAGUGACUCAGACAUUCAGGCCCUGACUGAAGACGACCUGCGCGACCUGCUUCCAGGAAUUAAGAAUAUAAAACGCAGAAGGGCCAUUAAUGACCUAAUCCACAGCCAGCCAAUGGAGCAGCAGAAGCUGGAGGCGUCUUUGACAGGUGAAGUCAUGUCGGGUUUACUGAAGAAAAUAGAAGACAUCUACAAACCAGCAGCUGAUGAGUUGAUAAACGCUGGUUUACAAAGUGACUCAGACAUUCAGGCCCUGACUGAAGACGACCUGCGCGACCUGCUUCCAGGAAUUAAGAAUAAGAGACGCAGAAAGGCCAUUUAUGACCUAAUCCACAGCCAGCCAAUGGAGCAGCAGAAGCUGGAGGCGUCUUUGACAGGUGAAGUCAUGUCGGGUUUACUGAAGGAAAUAAAACGCAUCGACAAACCAGCAGCUGAUGAGUUGAUAAACGCUGAUUUACAAAGUGACUCAGACAUUCAGGCCCUGACUGAAGACGACCUGCGCGACCUGCUUCCAGGACCUGAGAAUAAGAGACGCAGAAGGGCCAUUUAUGACCUAAUCCACAGCCAGCCAAUGGAGCAGCAGAAGCUGGAGGCGUCUUUGACAGAGUCCGGGUCACAUGUGAGUCCUUCGGCCAGCGAUCAUCCUGAGGAGCUCCAGAUUACUCCAAGUGAUGGCCGUCCACAAGCAGCACCAGACUCUUCGGCAGGUUCAGGAACCUCAAACAGCGGUUUUGGAUCAGGGGAAUAUUCUGGCCCGGAUAAUCCCGACACAAAACGUGAAGUCAUGUCGGGUUUACUGAAGAAAAUAAAACGCAUCGACAAACCAGCAGCUGAUGAGUUGAUGAACGCUGGUUUACAAAGUGACUCAGACAUUCAGGCCCUGACUGAAGACGACCUGCGCGACCUGCUUCCAGGACCUGAGAAUAAGAGACGCAGAAGGGCCAUUUAUGACCUAAUCCACAGCCAGCCAAUGGAUCAGAUCCUAAAGAAGCUGAGGGGGUUCAUCCCAGAGGCGUCUUUGACAGAGUCCGGGUCACAUGUGAGUCCUUCGGCCAGCGAUCAUCCUGAGGAGCUCCAGAUUACUCCAAGUGAUGGCCGUCCACAAGCAGCACCAGACUCUUCGGCAGGUUCAGGAACCUCAAACAGCGGUUUUGGAUCAGGGGAAUAUUCUGGCCCGGAUAAUCCCGACACAAAACAACGUGAAGUCAUGUCGUGUUUACUGAAGAAAAUAAAACGCAUCGACAAACCAGCAGCUGAUGAGUUGAUAAACGCUGAUUUACAAAGUGACUCAGACAUUCAGGCCCUGACUGAAGACGACCUGCGCGACCUGCUUCCAGGACCUGAGAAUAAGAGACGCAGAAGAGCCAUUUAUGACCUAAUCCACAGCCAGCCAAUGGAUCAGAUCCUAAAGAAGCUGAGGGGGUUCAUCCCAGAGGCGUCUUUGACAGAGUCCGGGUCACAUGUGAGUCCUUCGGCCAGCGAUCAUCCUGAGGAGCUCCAGAUUACUCCAAGUGAUGGCCGUCCACAAGCAGCACCAGACUCUUUGGCAGGUUCAGGAACCUCAAACAGCGGUUUUGGAUCAGGGGAAUAUUCUGGCCCGGAUAAUCACAACACAAAACAACGUGAAGUCAUGUCGGGUUUACUGAAGGAAAUAAAACGCAUCGACAAACCAGCAGCUGAUGAGUUGAUGAACGCUGAUUUACAAAGUGACUCAGACAUUCAGGCCCUGACUGAAGACGACCUGCGCGACCUGCUUCCAGGACCUGAGAAUAAGAGACGCAGAAGGACCAUUUAUGACCUAAUCCACAGCCAGCCAAUGGAGCAGCAGAAGCUGGAGGCGUCUUUGACAGGUGAAGUCAUGUCGGGUUUACUGAAGAAAAUAAAACGCAUCGACAAACCAGCAGCUGAUGAGUUGAUAAACGCUGGUUUACAAAGUGACUCAGACAUUCAGGCCCUGACUGAAGACGACCUGCGCGACCUGCUUCCAGGAAUUAAGAAUAUUAAACGCAGAAGGGCCAUUUAUGACCUAAUCCACAGCCAGCCAAUUGGUCAGAUCCUAAAGAAGCUGAGGGGGUUCAUCCCAGAGGCGUCUUUGACAGCUGCUCUAACUAACAAUGGGGUCUUGGUUGAUUACCUCUGCCUCCUGAUGGACGUGAAGACCCAAAUGGAUAAAGUCAUGACUUUCAUUGAAGCUCACAUCAGCUUUCUGAAAGAAUACAAAACAAAUCCGUUGGAGCAGGAAUCAGCCAGCAGCCAGGAGAAGGUCCAGGGUCACCUGAAGGACACCUCAGCAGGAGAAACACACGAGUCCGGGUCACAUGUGAGUCCUUCGGCCAGCGAUCAUCCUGAGGAGCUCCAGAUUACUCCAAGUGAUGGCCGUCCACAAGCAGCACCAGACUCUUCGGCAGGUUCAGGAACCUCAAACAGCGUUUUUGGAUCAAGGGAAUAUUCUGGCCCGGAUAAUCACAACACAAAACAAUGUGAAGUCAUGUCGGGUUUACUGAAGAAAAUAGAAGACAUCGACAAACCAGCAGCUGAUGGGUUGAUGAACGCUGAUUUACAAAGUGACUCAGACAUUCAGGCCCUGACUGAAGACGACCUGCUCCACCUGUUUCCAGGACCUGAGAAUAAGAGACGCAGAAGGGCCAUUUAUGACCUAAUCCACAGCCAGCCAAUGGAGCAGCAGAAGCUGGAGGCGUCUUUGACAGAGUCCGGGUCACAUGUGAGUCCUUCGGCCAGCGAUCAUCCUGAGGAGCUCCAGAUUACUCCAAGUGAUGGCCGUCCACAAGCAGCACCAGACUCUUCGGCAGGUUCAGGAACCUCAAACAGCGUUUUUGGAUCAAGGGAAUAUUCUGGCCCGGAUAAUCACAACACAAAACAAUCGGCCACAAAAAAUCUGAUGUGGAGAAGUCGUUCUGAGGAGCAUCAGAGUAGCCAAAGCGAACGCCGUCCACAAAGAGCAGCAGCCACGUCGUACAAGAUGGUUGUCGGCGGUAAAACGUUUGACGCCCACCUGACGCUGAUGGAGAAAAUAAAGAAACAAGUUCAGAAUCAGAUCCAGAGUUGUGAAGACGAUGCAGACAACCACUCGGUCACUUUUGUCUUCUGUCCCAUCAGUUCACGCGUUGCGUCAGACGUUGAGGCAGCCAUGUCUGAUGUUAAAGAUGAUAAACCGGUCAUUCUGGUGUUGAUGCACCACACACACCAAGUCAAGGCAACGUCAACUAUGAAAACAUGGGAUGUUUACGCCAAUGUUGUGUUGCAUGUCAACGUUUUCUACCAUGAGACACGUGGAUUACUGCAGUGUGAUGAAAAUGAUGCUGCCGUCACUGAGAUACAAAACGAAUUACUGGAGCGCUUCAACCUGAAAAGUAGCAUAACCAGUGGAAAUGCCCAGGGUGGGGGGGCUGAAGGUGGUUGGACUGGUCUUGGACGGUGGAACUUGAACACAGCUGCGAGAAGCGUUGGCAAGGAACUGGGGCGAAGGGGCUGGAAAUGUUAAAAAAAGGUUUCAGUGGUAAGAAUAGUUAGCAGUGUAGUUGUGGUAUUGUUUCAGUUCAUGCAAUGGAUAGCAUCAACUCAUUCAUUUAGACGCUUUAUGGAUUGCAGAAAACUUUAUUUUAUCCGUCUUGGUAAAAUCUACCUCAGCUACUGAUCUAAUUAUAAUUGUUUUUUUGGUAGUCACGGAUUUAAAAGGAAAACAAAGAGUUAUCUGCACAUUAAGUGUAAGGUUUAAUAUAAACAUACUGCUAGCUUCCAAGCAUGAAUGGGGAAUUUUGCUGUCCCUCCUAUAUAAUUGGGUUGGUGAAAGUGUAUGUAAAGUAGGAUGACUAAUAUUCCCUAGACCCUCUAAUAAAUAGUGUGUGAAAUCAUAUCAUUUGUGGGACUUUUUUAUGUCAUUGUAAUUAUCAUUAAAAACCAUGAGCUCUUCUAUUCGACAAAAUGUCAAAUGUCAAAAUGUUUGUGUUUAGUUGCGUUCAGACCAACCAAUUUCAAAUUAGAAAAUGUUUCUUUUUGGCUUUUCAUUACGUCAACUCAGCUCCAAAGUUUCUAAAAGGUUGCCAUGUUUUGCCAGACAAUAUUUCAUAUGCAGUAACUAUAAACAAAUGUCUUAUGUUGCGUUUUUCAAAAUAAAGAAUUCUAUUAACCGGUG